AUGGCUUCAAACCCACAGAUCCUCACCGUCACCAACCCCAAACGCAUCGCCAAGGGUGUGGCCGAGAAGUCCUGCAACUGCCUGCUGCUCAAAGUCAACCAGAUUGGCUCGGUCACAGAGUCCCUGCAGGCCUGCAAGAUGGCUCAGAGCAACGGCUGGGGUGUGAUGGUCCGCCAACGCUCUGGAGAGACUGAGGACACCUUCAUCGCUGACCUUGUAGUUGGCCUCUGCACUGGACAGAUCAAGACAGGUGCACCUUGCCGAUCUGAGCGUCUGGCCAAGUACAACCAGCUUCUCAGGAUUGAGGAGGAGCUCGGCGCCGAGGCCCGUUUUGCCGGCCAGAACUUCAGGCACCCCAUCUGAGCGGAUUCUUCCUCUUUGGGUCUCGGUGUGUUCAUUGCUCUUAAUU